AAUGCAAGCCGGUGUUUCAUUUGGUUGUUUAUUUAUUUCAAUCAAAAACGUUUGUUUUAACAGUGUAAUAUAAUGCGAAGCAAUAAUGUCCGAAUUAUCACAAUAUAAAAAAGUAUUUCCCAUCGACAGUAUACAGAAAGUAUACGAAUUGUUUGAAGAACAACUACGCAGUGACAAUGAGCCUGAUUUGGCUCUAUUUUCUAUCAUCGUCGGUGCAGUCGAGAAUAACUUAACUAAUGUUAAGAACUGCGAUAAAGAUGUAAACAUAAUUAACGUGUUGACAAAUAAGCUUGCAAAGAUUAAGUUUCCAUGCGUAGAAUGGGAGGAAGUGAAAGAUCUGCACGAGCGGUUCGUGUCUUUGAUGCGCAGCGGCGUGGACGCGAAGCUGCUGGCCGGCGAGUACGCGACCCGCGAGCUGGUGAAGCGGGUAGCCGACGUGGUGUGGAACUCGCUGACGCGCAGCUACUACAAGGACCGCGCGCACCUACAGUCCAUCUACAGCUUCCUCACUGGGAACAAGCUUGACUGCUUCGGCGUGGCUUUUGCCGUCACCGCGGGAUGCCAAGUGCUUGGCAAGAGGGAUGUGCACCUUGCGCUGUCUGAGGAUCAUGCUUGGGUCGUGUUUGGGAAGGAGGGGACUGAAACAGCAGAGGUGACAUGGCACGGAAAAGGCAAUGAAGACAAAAGAGGCCGGUCCGUAGAGGAAGGAAUGCUGGCCCGUUCCUGGCUGUACGUAGCGGGCAAGCCCGUGGUGUGCACGCGGCUGAUGGAGCUGGCGGCGCUGGUGUCUUCCAUCAACAUCACUCUCACCCCGACUAUAGAUGUUCAUGAAGUGGCACAAAUGCAGCACAGGCUACUGUGGCUUCUUUAUGAAAAUGGAUGCCUCGACAUGUACCCAAUGGCGCUGGGUAACCUCGGUGACCUAGACGAGUACAUGAAACUAUCAAACUGCUCUGAUCAGUCAGAAAACACACUUCCCGAAGACACCUCCAAAAGUGCCUCUAGACCGGACUCAGCUGCCUUAUACACCCAAGCAAUCCGUUCCUCAAGAACACACUAUGAGGACCGGCAUGUGUACCCGUACACGUUUCAAGGAGGGUAUUACCAUCGGCAUAAGAUGUACAAGGAAGCGUUUCAUGCUUGGGCGUGUGCGGGUGACGUCAUUCGACAUUACAACUAUUCUCGGGACGAUGAAGAAAUCUACAAGGAAUUUUCGGAAAUCGCCAACGAGCUAAUACCACAGUUAAUGAAAGUUGAAAGCUCUGGACAUUCGGCGCGCUCGAUUCUUAAAGAUCCGGAAUGUUUCGCUUCGCUUUUAAGAUUUUACGACGGAAUAUGUAAAUGGGAAGAGGGUAGCCAGACGCCCAUCCUGCACAUAGGCUGGGCAAAGCCGCUAGUCAGCACCAUAUCCAAAUUCGACGCGGAAGUUCGAGCGCAGGUCCACAUCGUAUGCAGCCUCGACGACUCCGAGAAAUCCGAGUCAGAAAGCAAAGAGGAGGAGAACAAAUGGAACAACAACUCGGAGAGCGGGGAGCUAUCCGUCCGGGAGCAGCUGACCGCGGCCGUCAACAGCCGGCCACGAGUUACCCUACACAGUCACAAGAUGGCGGCGCUACAGCCGUUGUUACUAGCGGAACGUUUGAAUACGCAUGCGUUGCAGCUGCAGUUAACGGCGCAGAGUCAGUUGCAGCGGCCGCAGGCGCCCGCUAAGCGACGCGAUGAUGACGACGCUAAUACUAGUCGCGCUAAACGCGCCAGGCGCGAGCGCUGAGCGACUAUAUCGUUCAUGUAGUGCACAAUUAUUUUCGUACGUAUUUUCACGGAAACGUACGAACGUGUCAUGCUAUUUCAGUCAGUCUCGGUACAAAUAGUACUGAAGUCAAGUAGCAUGACAAAUACAACCAUUUCCGAUAAAAUACGAUGGAAAACAAUUGUGCACUAAAUCUGUAAGUUACAUAAAGCCUUGGUUUCCGCUUGAUGCCGUAUGUUGAACUGUUAGAUUUUAAACUGAGCUCGUCUCGAGAAACCAUUCACUAAAAUUCAAACAGUUCAUGCGCCUUAGCGCGUGCCUACCACAAGCUACAUCUGAUUCAUGAUGACUACUGGCUUGCCUUAGAGUCGAUUAUUAAAAUAUUGAACCGGUUAGCGAUUUUGAAUAGAGGAUAGAAUCUCGAAACGAGCUUAUAGUUUUAAUAAUAAGAGUUAUACCACACUGUUAACUGACAAUUGGUAAACGUUAUUGAAAAGACGGUUCACCUAAGAUUAGUUAAGAGGGGGC